CAACGGGGGGGUUUGCUGGAUCUGGAUCUGGAGGGGUCCGAGACCAAGGCUCAGCGACUGAUCUCCCUGUUCUCGCACAGCCAGGGUUCGCAUAUAAAAGUGAGGGUGUUGGGUGAACGGUGCUAAGGGAGAACAGGUCUGCUUGCCAGAAAGCUGUUCACUUCUCGCACCAGAGUUGUUUCCCAGCCGGAGCUGCUCAGUUUCCCAAGCGAAUGACCACAGGUUGCCUCUCUGCUAUGCCCCGCGAAGUCAACCCACCGGAAGCGGACGGUCUUGUCCUGCCGUCUCCGACAACGCAUGGCGAGCUGCAGUUGCUGGACUUGCCCACUGAGAUCUUGAUGGCAGCGAUCAGGUUCUUGAACGGGAAGCAAAAAUCUGAACUCCGCCUCAUCUCCCACCACUUCGAAACCCUCUUUUGGUCCGCGCCACUCUGGAAGACCUUCGACCACGACGACAAAAGAUCCAAUUCGCUCAACCCCGUUCUCCGACGUCGCGUGCUCGCUCACUGCGGCAGCACAAUCCGCGCGUUGCGAUACUCGAACUUGCAGCAUGAGUCACUGUUGCAGAUGGUGAAGGGGUGUGGGGGCCUGACGGAGGUGGCGUUGAGGGAUGUGAAGCCGGAUGUGUUGAUGGAUGCUGUGGGUGGGUUGAGCAUGGCAGGGGCGUUUAUAAAGCUUUCGCGAUUGGAUAUUACCAUGCCGUGCAGUCGGACCAGUAGCUAUACUCCGAACACCGUCGAGUCGCUUCUCGCUUUCAUCGGCACCUCUACUCCCAAUUUGAAGGAACUCCACUUCAUGGUCAACGGCUUCAUCACCCCCAUGGCCCUCAAAUCCCUCACCAACGGCUGUCCCAACCUAGAAUCCCUCUCGCUUUCCUCCUGCUAUCUGCUCAACGUCACCGAUUUCGCCAUCUUACUCGACUCGCCCUGCGCGAAAAAUCUGCGGUACCUGUGCCUUGCCCAGCUUCGAUUCGGGGACGAUUUGCUGAUGGAGGCCAUUGCGGCGACUUGCACGAGCCUGCGUGUGCUGCUGGUUCACCAUGCGGCGUCGUUGACGGAUGGGGGGGUGCGUUGUUUGGCGGAAAGGUUGAAGAGUUUGCGAUGGAUCAAGCUUCAGGCCUGCAGAAACAUCUCCCUGGGAGUACUGGACAGACACGGGUUCGUGAACGAUGCAAACUGUCCUGUUGUGUACGUCCCUCGAUGGCCUGUCGGGUUCGGGAUGGCGUACAGACGUGUCCCUCAGGAGGCGUAAAGCGAAAGACUUUCAGGUUUUCCAGGAGAGCUUUGGACGGACGUGGUGAAACUCGGACGCUUGAUUGAGACUGGGAGGUGCAUAUGGGUAGUCUUAGAGGCGCUGUUCACCCUGCGGACUCGAACAUUUUCGUGUGUGGAGGGGUCCCUGGACAAUGGAUGUAGCUAUGUUUGCUUCAAUAUAGUUUGCAAACGAAAGCUUGCGUAUCUACGCC